UCGGCAUACCGCCUCCUCCCCUCUGCGUUGCGUGCCAGCUCGCCAGUAUCUGUCACUCGAGGAUCCGUUCUCGUGUCGAGCAUCGCAGCUUCGUUCUCACCCACAAGUCGUCUUGGCAAACCUCGCACCUGGGUCACAAUGGCAUUUCCGCCCACGAUCGCCGUUAUCGCCCCCGGUACCAUGGGCGCAGCCGUCGCUAGCAGGUUCACUAAGGCCGGAUGUACCGUCCUGACGACGCUCGAGGGCCGUUCGGCCUCCACUAUUGAACGCGCAAAGAAGGCCGGGAUGGAAGACGCGUCUCUCGUCGACAUCGCGCGCCGCGCGGACUUUGUCCUGAGUAUCAUCCCCCCGAGCUCCGCGGUCGUGUUUGCGGAAGCGUUCAAGAAGGCCUACGAUGCGUCGAGUGGGAAUCCCAAGCUUGCGUUCGCGGACUGCAACGCCGUUAGCCCGGAGACGGUGAAGCGCAUUGCGCGCGUGUUCGACGGGAGCACCGUCCGGUUCGUCGACGCCAGUAUAAUUGGGGGGCCGCCUACGGACGGGUACGACCCUGCCUUCUAUGCGUCUGCGGCACCAGAAGAUGAGAGGACUCUGGAUUCCUUCGUUGGUCUGAGCGCGUGGGGUCUGAGGACGGUCGCGUUGAAAGGGGAAGGUGCAGGCGUUGGAGACGCAAGUGCACUGAAGAUGUCGUACGCAGGAAUCACCAAAGGGUUCAUCGGCCUCACUACUACCAUGAUCCUUGCCGCGAAUGCGUCGUCUCCGGCAACAGCUCAGGCACUCAUGCACGAAUUGCACGCCUCACAGCCGUUCUAUCUCGAACGUAUCACGCGAAGCGUCCCUGGCAUGCUUCCGAAAGCGUAUCGCUGGGUGGGUGAGAUGGAGGAGAUCUCGGCCUUCGUCCGGGACGGGCUCGGAGAUGGGGAGGCGCACGUCCACCGGGGAUUCGCGCACCUGUACGACAGAGUCGAGAAGGCGCUGCCAGACGGCGAAGACGUUGCCGUCCUGAAGAAGUUUGUCGAGGAAGCGAAGGCGACGAUCCGCGGGUCUGGUGUACCUUGACCCUACAGGACACAGUGAGACACGGCGUGGAGAGAGGGCUCUCAGUACUACUUGUGCGCACUCGAGGCAGUACCUAGAUCAUGUGCCAACACGAAGGACAGCGUUUGCUUUUUGAGCUCAAAGUUCCAAACAGCCGUCAAUGAGCGGGACGUGCCUUCUCGAAUCUAAUCAAACGUCCGCAAUUGAACUAAUAUCAUUCACACGCCGCAGGAGCUACAUAAAUUAGAACGGGCACAGUAAGCUCUGUCCAUCUUGCUUCCACUUCUGCUCCCUGGCGACCUAC